CCUAGGAGAGGGGAAGGCUGGAAAGGGAGCUUGAGCAGCAGAAAUGAGCCCGGUUACAGAAAAGCAUCCUGACGAAGAGGAGGAGGUUGACUGCGUUCUCCUUUCAGCACCCAAGAUCCUAAAUUCCUCUGAGGGGGUAAAGGAAAAUGGUGGCAGUGAAACAGAAUACGACUGCAUAACAGAAUCAGAAAAUCAAAUCCAACCACAAUCAGCACUGAAAGCCCUUCAGCAUCAGCUGGAAUCAUUUCAGGCUCUCCGAAUACAGACUUUGCAGAAUGUUAGCAUGAUGCAGUCUAAAAUCAGUGAAAUAUUGAACAAAAGUAUUGUUGAAGCAGAAAACCCACAACUUAGCUCAGAAAAAAAUCUAGUAUUUGGCACACGCAAUGAAAAAGCUUUGCCUACAGAGAAUCAAGAAGAAACCCUUUCUAUGGAGAAAAUUCAGCAUUUUGAGGAUCCUAGGACUCUUCAUUCAGUAGAAGAAAUAUUCAGUAGUGACAGUGUUAACAGUCUCUCUCAAGGUAUAAAUAUCCCAUGCCAGAUACAUUUCAAGGACAUAUUAACUUCGACAGAUAAUCCAGCUUCAGAAAAUUCUGACUUGAAGAAUUAUAAUAACCUUUAUAAUUUCCUACCUAAUGUACCUCAAAACGGGAUGUCUCAAGCUGAUAUGGUAAUUCUGGAUAAGUCCAGAAUUACUGUGCCUUUUCUCAAGCAUGGAUUUUGUGAAAAUUUAGAUGAUAUUUGCCAUUCUAUCAAACAAAUGAAGGAAGAGCUUCAAAAGUCACGUGACAGGGAACUGGCACUUACAAAUGAACUGCAAACUUUAAAAGCUGUUCCAAGGAAUGGUAACUAUGACCUGCCCCCCACUCACAAGGAAAAAAUUAACUUUAUUAAGGAAGAAAAUAUUGAAAGUAACUUAAAUGAAGAUAUAAAAUCAAAGAGAAUUUUGGAAUUAGAGGCACUAGUAAACAAAUUACCCCCACUUAGGGAAACAGUGUCAAAAUUCCAUGUGAAUUUUUGUAGGAAAUGUACAAAACUAUCUAAGAGUGAAAUACACAGCGGGGAAAAGAAUGAGAAAAAUAAUAAAGAAAUUCCUAUCACUGACAAGAAUAUUGCAGAUUUAAAACUCCAUUCCAGAGUUCCAAGACAUACACUGGCAUUCUUUGACCCAACAAAAUAUGCAAUGAAAGACAAAGAAAGACAACCAUUAGCAGUGAAAGAAGGAUCAAUAAUAUUUGAAAACGAGAAGACAUCCAAAGUCAAUUCUGUUACUGAACAGCGUGUAGCAAAAAUUCAGUACUUACAGAAUUACCUGAAAGAAUCUAUGCAGAUACAGAAAAAAGUACUGAAACUACAGAAUGAAAACCUAACCCUUAAAAUGAAAAUUAAACCUCUUGUCUUUACCACACAAUCUCUGAUACAGAAAAUUGAAAUGUACGAAAAACAAUUUAAGACAUUGGUUGAAGAACAGAACACCAUUCAGUCCAAGUUAAUUAAAACAGAAGAAGAUGGCAAAGUAUGUCUUAAAGAAUUGAAAGAAAUAACUAGUAACUAUAAUGUUCUCCAAGGACAAAAUAAAACCCUAGAGGAAAAAAAUAGUCAACUUUCUUUGGAGAAGCAACAAAUGAUAGAAACAUUAGAACAACUAAAAAGUAAGGAACACAAAGCUCAAAAUGACAUGGCCAUUGUCAGUAAUGAAAAUAAACUAUUGAUCACAGAAAUGGAAUCAAUGAAAACAAAUAUUCUAUUGAUACAAGAGGAAAAAGAAAUGUUAGAGGAAAAAACAUACCAGCUUCUAAAGGAAAAAGUCUCACUUGAAAAUGAACGAAAAGAAAACCAGCUAGAGAUAAUGCAGCUAAAAGAGAAAGAAAGAUUGGCCAAAUCUGAACAACAGACACGUCUUCAAAUAAUAGAAACAGUUAAAAACGAAAAGCUUAAUCUUGAAACAACCUUACAAGAAUCUACUGCUGCGAGAGAAAUGAUGCAAAGAGAAAUUGAGGAUAUUCAAACAUACCAAUCUACAGCCGAAGAGUAUUUUCUGCAAGAAAUAAAAAAUGCAAAAUCAGAAGCAAGUAUUUAUAAGAAUAGUUUGUCAGAAAUGGGCAAAAAGUGUGAAAUGUUAUCAAAAAUGUUAAUGGAAAUUAAAACUGAUAAUCAGAUUCUAAAAGAAGAACUAAAAGAACAUAGUCAAGAAAGUAUAAAAUUUGAAAACAGCAUCAGUAGACCUGAGGAAGACAAAAUACGUUUAGAAAACUAUGUAAGUACCGAGAAUGAAAGGGAUACCUUGGAAUUUGAGAUGCGGAAUCUUCAAAGAAAAUAUUUAAAUCUAAGUGAAAAAAUCUAUAAUCAUCAUAUUGACCUAUCAAAAAUGUGUCACCUUUCAAGAAGAGAGGAACUCCGUAUUGACAUCCAUGGUAUUCAAUAAGACACCUCUAGUCCUAGGAGUAGGCCUUUAGCCCCUGAUUUGAAAGGUAUGUAUAUUGUGGUGGGUUAG